AUGUUUUGGAAAUUUUUAUGGAAGAAGACCGUAAGUGAAAUUUUUGCUUAAGUUUUAAAUUUAAAUGAAUAAAUUUUUGGAGUCAUAUUAGAUAUAUUACAAAAAGAGAAAGUGCAAGACAGCAUUGAAUAUCUAUCAGAUUAUGGAAAUCAAAAACAUUUAGAGAAUUAGCCCCAAGUUUUUAAUGAAUAGAAAUUAUCUAUUAAUAGAAAUGACAUCUAAAAAAUUGCUGAUGUCUUAAAAUAAUUAAAAGAUCAUGACUACAAUAACAAAGACUAUUCAAGUGAUUAAAAUUAAGAAUAGACUUAAAGUCUAAUUAACAACAUGAAGGGUAAUCGAUUAAUCAUUGAAUUUUUGUUAUUUUUAGUUUACCUAACUUCCAUAGACAACACUUUAAUAUAAUGUGGGUCAAAUUCAUUAUAUGUCUUAGUUCAGAUGUAGGUGGAUCUUAAAAACAAAAAUUUUUCAAAUAUUAAAAUCUAAAAUACGUCUUUGAUUGGGGCUAAUUUUGUUCGCUGUAAUUUUAGUGGAUCAGAAUUUAACAAAGUUAAUAUCAGCGGGAUGAAUAUAAAUGGAGCAUAAUUAUUUAAUUGUUAGUGGAAAAAUUUACAAACCCAGGAAUUAAACUAUUUAAAUGGUCUUUCAAGUUAAGUUAACUCAGUCUGUUUUUCUCCAGAUCGAAGUACAUUAGCUUUUGGUUGUGGAGAAACUUUUGAUGUUAUUGAUAACUCAAUAUAUUUAUGGGAUAUAGAAACAGGUUAGUAAACAGCCAAAUUAGAUGGUCAUAAUAGCUCUGUCUUAUCAGUCUGCUUUUCUCCUGAUGGUAAUAUAUUGGCAUCAGGUAGUUAUGAUACCCUCAUUCAUUUAUGGUAUAUUAAAACAGGAAAAAAACAAGCCUAAUUAAAUAGUGAUGGUGGCGGAAACUUAUCAGUCUGUUUCUCUCCUGAUGGUAAUACAUUAGCUUCUGGUAGUAAUGAUAACUCUAUUCGUCUAUGGGAUAUGAGAACUGGAAAAUAAAAAGCCAAAUUGGAUGGUCAUACCAAUUCUGUCUGGUCAGUUUGUUUCUCUCCUGAUGGUAAUACAUUAGCUUCUGGCGGUAAUGAUAACUCUAUUCGUCUAUGGGAUAUGAAAACUGGAAAAUAAAAAGCCUAAUUGUAUGGUCAUGUUGGAGCACUCUACUCAGUCUGUUUCUCUUAUGAUGGGAAGGUAUUAGCCUCAGGUAGUACAGAUAACUCUAUCCGUCUAUGGGAUAUUAAAACAGGACAAUAAACAACCAAAAUUGAUGGUCAUACUGGAACAGUCUACUCUGUAUGUUUCUCUCCUGAUGGUAAUACAUUAGCUUCUGGUAGUAAUGAUAAGUCUAUUCGAUUAUGGGAUGUCAAAACAGGAUAAUAAAAGGGAAGAUUGGAAGGUCAUAUUGGAUCUGUCAGAUCAAUCUGUUUCUCUGUCGAUGGAAAUAAAUUAGCAUGUGGUAGUUAAGAUAAGUCUAUCAGUAUAUGGGAUAUGAAAACAGUAAAAGUUAAAGCUAAAUAAGAUUGUCAUACUGGAAUUGUCUAUUCAGUCUGUUUUUCUCCAGAUGGGAAUAUUUUAGCCUCAGGUAGUACAGAUAACUCUAUUCGUCUAUGGGAUAUUAAAACAGGACAAUAAACAACCAAAAUUGAUGGUCAUACUGGAACAGUCUACUCUGUAUGUUUCUCUCCUGAUGGUAAUACAUUAGCUUCUGGUAGUAAUGAUAAGUCUAUCUGUCUAUGGGAUCUAAAAACAGGAUAAUAAAAAGCCAAACUACUUGGUCACACUCAAUAUGUAAUUAUAGUCUGCUUCUCUCCUGAUAGUAAUUCUUUAGCAUCUGGUAGUGGAGAUGGCUCUAUUCGUCUUUGGGACUUAAACACAGGAUAAUUAAAGGCUUAAUUUGAUGAUUUUGCAAGAAGUGUCUUUUCAGUCUGUUUCUCUCCUGAUGGGUAUACAUUAGCUUCUGGUAGUGAAGAAAAAUCUAUUCGUUUAUGGGAUCUAAAAACAGGAUAAUAAAAAGCCAAACUACUUGGUCAUAAUCAUUAUGUAAUGUCGGUCUGUUUCUCUCCUGAUGGAAAUAUAUUAGCUUCUAGUAGCUUAGAUAAAUCCAUCCGAUUAUGGGAUGUAUAAAUAGGAAAGUAAAAAGCUUAAUUGGAUGGUCAUAGUGAGAAAGUUUGGUCAGUCUGUUUCUCUUAUGAUGGAUCUAAAUUAGCAUCUGGCAGUUAAGAUAGCUUAAUCAUUCUCUGGGAUAUCAAAUCAUCAAAAUAGAUAGUCAAAUUAGAUGGUCACAUUUUUGACGUUAGAUCAGUUUGUUUCUCUCCUGAUGGAAAUACUUUAGCAUCUGGUAGUAAUGAUAACUCUAUCCGUUUAUGGAAUAUUAAGACAGGAAAUGAAAUUAAACAUUAUGAUAUAAUAGAUAAUGAUAUUCUAUCUUCAAUAUCAUAAAACAAUUCUAUUUUUGAAGGUACGAUAUAUAGUUGAUAUUUUAGCUCAAAAUAAUUUUACUAUUCUCCAUAUAUCAUAAACACCAAUGUUUUAAGCUAAAGGAGCUCUUGUUUUUAAGGGAUAAUUUGUAAAUUAUUAAGGUGUAGACUUAAGAUCAUUAUUAAAAUCAAAAGGAUGUUGCUUUUUGUCAGAAUAAUAAUAAAAAUGA